AUGCAUAACUCUGUUGAUAUAAAAACUCUAUCUGACGUGAAGGAAAAGGUCAAGCACGAAAAGAGGACGCAUUGCUUGGUGCUCAACAAAUACAAAGUUAAUGAGGUGCUGAAAAAUAAGGACGCGAAAAUUUGGUUCCUAAAUAUCUUUCGGUUCCCAUCUGUACUGAAGCUAAGUGAGUACCAGGGGCGCCUCAUCGAGACGGGGCACUAUGACGGGGAAGUCCUGCGCUUUAUUCAUUCCUACGUGGAGAGGCUGGGGGGGGGAGGCGCCCAGGUCAGCGCCAAGGCGAACGGUAAAGUGGACGACUACAGGCUAAUCCCGCUGAACGCGCGGUUCAACAAAGCCCUGCACGAGUUGAUGCAGCGCGAAGGGAAGGACGUCAUGGAGGGGGUCGACAUGUGCCCGGAAGAGGGGGAUGAGAGGGGCGAUGGUGCGGAGGGCAUUACUGCGGAGGACGCUGCGGCGUGCGAAGAAGGGGCUACCCCGAAGAGACCUAAGGAUGCGCCCUCCCCCCCCCUGGAGGAACUCUUCCGAGUUAUAAAAAAAGAAGGCAUUAAAGUCAGAAUAAUCCAGCUGCAGUUUGGGUACGAAAAUAUGAACACUUCCGAAAUAUUGAAAAAGGUGUUCCCCUCGGAGAGUGAAGUCAUCCACAAAUACGAAAUGAUCGGACACAUAGCUCACCUAAAUUUUUGUGAACGUUUUGAAAAUCAAAAAAAAGUAAUUGCAGAAAUUAUUCUUGACAAAAAUAAAAGCAUAAAAACAGUUAUCAAUAAAAAAGACUCUCUAAAAAAUAUGCACAGGACAUUCAACAUAGAAUUAUUGGCAGGAGAAAAAAAUUACCUGACCAUGUUGAAAGAAAAUGAUAUCAAAGUUAAACUAAAUUAUGAACUAAUAUAUUGGAAUUCAAAAUUAAAAAAAGAAAGAGAUCGAAUAUAUGACCUCGUUCAGGAAAGCUCCAUUAUUGUGGACCUCUUUGCUGGAGUUGGUAUAUUCAGUCUACACCUCAGUAAAAAAAAUUGCUUAUGUUUCUCAAACGACAUUAAUAUGCAUGCUUAUAAUUUUAUGAACAUUAAUAUUAAGUUGAAUAAAAGGAAAAGCAUUUUUACGUAUAACUUGGACGCCAGGACCUUCGUCCACAUGCUGCUUCGGUUGGAAAUCUUUUCCUAUGAGACAUCCACUUUGACAAUGGAACUAAGUGAGCAGAAUUGGAGAAACAUCUCGCUCGAUUUUGUGAACUGUACGGAUCAUACCCUUGUUGAUGCGGGAAAAAGAAAGAAACGGGGGAGUGACCGAAAUUGCCUUAUGAAUGGAACACCCCCUGUGAAUGACACCCAUGACAAGAAAAAGAAACUCGCUCAUGGUGAUGCAAAUGGUUCAUUAGAGGAACGCCCCUUGGAGGUACCAGCAACCCACGAGGGGGGAGAGGACCUCCACCCACAGCGAACAAGAAGCGAUGCGGAGAAGACAGCAGAAGAUGCGCCAACAAGAAGCGAUGCGGAGAAGACAGCAGAAGAUGCACCAACAAAAAACGAAACACACAAAGUAGACAUUAACCUUGGUGUCUAUGGAGAUGUUCAUGUGCUUAUGAAUUUGCCACAAACGGCCUUUGAAUUUUUGGAUGUUUUUCGGGAACUUCUGGAUAUGUACAGUACCGAUCAGAAGGACACCCCGGGAAAAUAUCGACGUGGUCAAAUGAGGAACGUUUUUAUACACUGCUACUUCUUUUCCAAGCCGGAAUUGUUUUACGAGGAUGCCGAGCGGAAUAUACGGAUGCAGUUGAGGGGCCUCCCGCGGGAGAUGAAGAUUACGGAGAUUAGGAAGGUCUCCCCCAGCAAGCUCAUGUACGUGGCGGAGUUUAACCUGAAGGACGUCUUUUCAGAGGGGGUCCAAUUUGACUGA